UCCCUCUACGUUCCCGUUCCGCCAUCUCGGAGCACAAUGGGACUGUACCGAGCAUCGCCAUUCACCCCGGGCCUGGAACGGUACCGUCAGUGCGGGCGGGAAUCUCCCCCCCUACUGUUGUAGCAUAAUGCCCGGUCCCGUCAUUAUGUAGCUGGUGGUGAGGGCCCCAGACUGUGGCCCUAUGGACAUAUCCCUGUGUGAGCAGAGGAGCCGCAUCUAUCGGGCUUCUUCCGCUGUGUGACCCAUGUAUCACUCCGCGUUAUCUCUGCUGCCUCUGUAAGGGCAAGCGUGUGGGGUAUCCCCCGAAAACAGCCAUGUUCGUAGCUAACGACGUAUAGCCAGGAUGCAUGAAUGGGGGAUCACAGGUUGCUACUGUGACUAUGUCUUACCCACCACAUCUGAACCGGCCCCCCAUGGGGAUCCCCACUCUUCCACCUGGCAUUCCACCGCCACAGUUUCCAGGUUUCCCCCCGCCUCCUGGGACUCCAAUGAUUCCUGUACCAAUGAGUUUAAUGGCUCCCGGACCAACUGUUUUGUUACCAACAGUACCUAUGGUUGGAAAACAUAUGGGACCUCGAAAAGACUUAAUGUGUCUAAAAAAUAAAGAAAAUGAUGAGAACUGUGGCCCAACAACCACGGUUUUUGUAGGAAAUAUUUCUGAAAAAGCCUCAGACAUGCUUAUUAGGCAGCUGUUAGCGAAGUGUGGCUUAGUCUUAAGCUGGAAACGAGUACAAGGGGCAUCUGGGAAGCUUCAAGGUAAGUGUGCGUUUGGCUUUUGUGAGUAUAAGGAGCCGGAUUCCACUCUGCGAGCACUACGGUUACUCCAUGAUCUACCAAUUGCUGAAAAGAAGCUGCUAGUCAAAGUUGAUGCGAAGACUAAAGCCCAGCUGGAUGAUUGGAAGGCAAACAGAAGGUCUUUGAAUGGGACUACCCGACCCGAAUCAACAACAGAGGAUGAAGAUGACCUUGAUGAGGAAACUAAGAGAAGGGAUGCAAUCAUUAGAAGUGCUAUUGACGUUCUAAUAAAAGAGUAUUCGGGUGAGCUCAAUGCUCCAUCUUUGGAUUCUGACUCGCACAACAAAAAGAAAAGAAAAGAUAAGAAGGAAGAACUGUCGCAGGAGGAUAUAAAUGCAUUAGAAAUGGAGGAAGAUAAGCGAGACCUAAUAUCCCGUGAGAUCAGUAAAUUCAGAGAUACACACAAGAAACUGGAAGAAGAAAAGGGCAAAAAGGAAAAAGAGAGGCAAGAAAUCGAGAAGGAAAGGAAGGAAAGAGAAAGGGAACGGGAGCGAGAGAAGAGAGAGCGUGAGCGUGAACGAGACAAAGAGCGUGAGAAGGAGAAAGAGAGAGAGCAGCGUGACCGUGAAAGAAACAAGGACCGAGACAGGGAGCGUGAAAGGGAGCGAGAUCGUGAGAAGGAUCGAGAGCGUGCAAGAGACCAUAGUAAAGAUCGGAGUCGGUCAAGGGAAAAAAGCAGAGACCGAGAUAGAGAACGGGAGCGUGAGCGAGAACGCGAGAGAGAACGCGAACGAGACAGAGAAAGGGACCGUGAGAAAGAUAAGAAGAGAGAUAGAGAGGAAGAUGAAGAGGAAGCUUAUGAGCGACGAAAACUAGAAAGAAAACUGCGUGAGAAGGAAGCUGCUUAUCAAGAGCGACUUAAAAACUGGGAGAUCAGAGAGAGGAAAAAAGCCAGGGAUUAUGAAAAGGAAGCCGAACGGGAGGAAGAAAAACGCAGAGAUAUGUCAAAAGAAGCUAAAAGAUUGAAAGAAUUUUUGGAAGACUAUGAUGAUGACAGAGAUGACCCAAAGUAUUACAGAGGUAGUGCACUGCAGAAAAGGCUAAGGGACCGUGAAAAAGAGAUGGAAGUAGAUGAACGGGAUCGUAAGCGAGAGAAAGAAGAGUUGGAGGAAAUCAGACAGCGGUUGCUUGCAGAAGGUCAUCCAGACCCAGAUGCUGAGCUUCAGAGGAUGGAGCAAGAGGCAGAGAGGCGUCGACAGCCUCCACAGAUUAAACCACCGCCCGAAUCAGAAGAAGAGGUAGAGGAAAAACCCAUGAAAGAGGAGAAAAUUGAAAUGCCAAUGGAGGAGGAAGAGGAGCCUGAACCAAAGCCCUGCCUUAAGCCUACCAUGCGGCCUAUAAGCUCUGCCCCAUCUGUCUCAUCUGGCAGUGGUCAUGCCACCCCUAAUUCUCCAGGAGAUGAGUCCCCGUGUGGUAUUAUCAUUCCGCAUGAGAAUUCACCAGAACAGCAACCGCAGGAAGAGUUCCGGCCAAAAAUAGGUCUUAGUCUAAAAUUAGGAGCCUCCAGUAGUCCAAGCCAAACAAAUUCUGCGAAGAGGAAGAAGCUUCCGGUAGAUAGUGUUUUUAAUAAAUUUGAGGAUGAAGAUAGUGAUGAGGUGCCUCGAAAAAGGAAACUGGUGCCACUAGAUUAUGGUGAUGACGACAAAGCUGCAGCCAAAAAUAAUGUGAACACAGAAGAGAAACGCAAACAUAUCAAGAGUCUUAUUGAGAAAAUACCGACUGCUAAACCUGAGCUCUUUGCCUAUCCUUUGGACUGGUCCAUUGUAGACACUACGUUAAUGGAGAGAAGAAUUAGACCAUGGAUCAAUAAGAAGAUUAUAGAGUAUAUUGGUGAAGAAGAAGCCACACUAGUUGACUUUGUGUGUUCGAAGGUAAUGGCUCACAGUUCACCUCAAAGCAUACUGGAUGACGUUGCUAUGGUGCUUGAUGAAGAAGCAGAAGUAUUCAUAGUCAAAAUGUGGAGGUUGCUAAUAUAUGAAACCGAAGCAAAGAAAAUUGGUCUUGUGAAAUAAAAUUUAGCACACUGCCUUCAUUUCAACAAAUCCGUUUGGCGCCAUUAAAACUUUGCUGUCUGUAGGGCCUCUAAAACAUUGAUGAACAAUAUGUUGCAGUCCCAGAUUCCAGCAAAGUCGUUCAUAUUUCCAAAGUCAUCAGACAAAUGUAAGAUCUGUAUUAGUAUCUUUCAGAUAAACCCCCUUAGUAAAGAUCUCCAUGACAUCUGUGCACAAAGAAAAGCCUGGUCUCAACUGGUACGGUUUAGAAACUGCAGCUACUGUGCAAUGGCCUAUCUGAUUAGUGUUUUGCAAUUCUAUGCUCUUGUACAUAUUAAAAUAUACAUUUUUUGCGAACUCUUUGCACCCCUGCCUGUUGUACAUCAAAAGAACUCUGCUAAUUCAAUUGUGAUUGUAGCUUUUUCAAAGCAAAUCCAGCAUUGCUCUUGUUGAAAUUAACUGUGCUUCACUGCUACAUGUAUCAGUCCUGCACCGCAGACCGCAAUGUGGAAGUUGGACUGUGGAUAACCGGAGCAAACGUUUUCUGUAUCGCAUGGGAGGGAUGCUGGUUACAACCUGCCAAUACUGAGGCUUUACGAAUGUUUGUUCCUUAUUGGUCUUUGUUAACACACACGUCUUGCUUUCUUGGGAUCCCGUUUUGUAGUAGUGAGGAGGUUACACGUCUCUUAAUGCACAAAUUCCAUCUUGUGUGAAGUAUGCUUUCCAUCUGUUUUUGUAUUUCCGAAGCCAUAUUUUCCAAUUGUAAAAUUUGUCGUACCCCUAUUUGACCUCUUUUGGUUGUAAUCCCAUUUAAAAAAAAGUGGCAAGGGGCUGCAACAUAUUGUAUCGCAUUCAUUUUUGCCUGUGCUUAAUUUUUACUACCAUUUUUUUCUACUGUGCUUUGUUUAAAGCAACCAACCAAACAUUGUUUGCAGUGAACAAAUUCUUAUGUCCCAGAAAUAUUUUUUUUUUAUACAUUAAAGUAAACAUGGACUGAUCUGUACUACAAUCUCCUACAUCCCUACGUUAGAUGGUCAUGUGUAUUUCAGCAAUAAUUGCUGAAUAAAUAAGCACAUUUUUUAUUUAUAUUUAACCUGCCAUUGGAAGGAGAGCUGUAGAAUAACAUCCAUAAGUGGGUGGGUAGUCUGAAAAAGAACGGUUCAGAAUUGGCCAUUUUGGCUCUAAAAUAACCUAAAUGUUAAUGGCUGUGAAGACCGGUGAUGAUUUCCAUGGGGACAGUACAUUGUUUGUUGGAGAAUGUUCUUUUUGCAGGUGAUUACCUGCAUACUUUUAUCAACGUGUACUAGGGUUAAACGCAAUAAUUCCUAUUUACAUGAAUGGGAAUGAUUGGCUAACCUUGGUACAUUUAUAUGUAGGGUUCAUGUACAGCUGACCAAUAUUUAUUUUCUAUUGGGACUGAUAACAAUUGACCUGCUGUUUUUUGUAAAAACUGCUGCAAUAUCAGUUUAUGUAUUUAAAACAUUGGUUUGUCUGAAAUGUGGAAGCUGUGAUCUAUGAUUGCCAGAUACCUUGCAUUUGGAAACUGUGUUAAGCCAUUGAAGGCUCACUGUAAAUAUUUCAAACAUUAAAGUGUAUAUAUUUGAUAUA